UAUUCAGUUACUUCGCAUCCACGUCGGCGUUUACGUCUUUACGUACCAAAACGGUUUUUCAGUGCAGAUGAAGUAGACUACUUGAAACAAAAAUAUUAUAAAAUAAAAAAAAAACAAGAGAUUUUUUGCAAUUGGAUUUCUUUUAAAAAAUACAAAAGAAAAAACAUACAACACCAAGAAUUGUUUACUGUGCAGUAGCGGUGCCACCAUCUAAUUUUUUUUGUUUUGAAAAAUAAAAACAAGACUAGAAACUUUUUCAUCGACGUUAGCAUACAAAUUGCUCCAGUGGAUAUUUUUUUAGGCGCUGAAGUUGCGUCGUCAAAUAAAGCAUCAAUUUCUUAUCAGAAGAAAUUGUUCACGAUUUUAACAGAUAAUAAAAAAAGAAAACAAUAACAAAGCCAACAAAAUGGAUAAAAUGGAUCCAGCUAUUGAACAGCAAUUUGAUUUAAACCUUAUAGAGGCGGUUAAGAUGAACCCCGUCAUUUAUGAUCGCUCACACUUUAACUAUAAACAUUUUGUAAGAAAAGCCCAAACCUGGAAACAAAUUGCUGAUUCUUUAGGCGUGCCAGAACAAAAAUGUACCAAACGAUGGAAAAGUUUACGUGAUAAAUUUGCCCGCGAGUUGAAAAUAAGCCAGGACUCGAGAUGGCGUUAUUUCAAACAGAUGUCCUUUCUAAUGGAAUCCAUUCGACAGUAUCGCGAAUCAUUAUUGGGGAAAGUUACAGCAGCUGGUAUACCGGCAGCAACUACCACAAAUACGGUUACAGCCCAAGUGGAAGCUCCACAACAAACACAUCAACACCAGCAGACAACACAACAACAGGUGGUCGAUUUAUUUACCACACCAUUCAAUGGUAGUGCUACCAUAACUACACAAGCUUUGGCGGGACAUCAACAUGCUAUUGUGCUGACUGGUGAUGCUGCUCAACUGGCUGCAGCUAAUAAUGCUGUUAAAGAACAAAAGACCUACUACUAUGAGCCGGCUAUGAAACGUGAACGUAUUGUCGAUGAUGACCAACAGCAGCAGCAACAACAACAGCAGCAGCAGCAAACACAACUGCAACAACAACAGCAGCAACAUCAUGACAUGUUAAGUUCGAUAAAGAUAUUUCAAAAUAGCAUUAAUCAAGGCGUUAGCGCUGAAGAUCAGUCCUUUGGCAUGGUCGUUACGGAUAUGCUAAAUACGCUGGGCGUACGACAGAAAGCAGAAGCAAAAGUUCACAUAAUAAAAUAUCUCACAGAUAUGCAGUUGCUGGCACAACACAAUAAAUACUGAGAUACGGUGAUAACAACUGAUAAAACAUCAUGUAUAUUUCAAUUUGAACAACAACAACAGCAGCCCCAACCCCAACAGGAAACUAUGUUAAAUACAGCAGUAGUAGAAGGUAAUGAAUUGGAGGAGGAAGACGAUGACAUAGAUGAAGAGGAGGAUGAAGAAGUAUUGGAAGAGAUUGCCAAUGGGUCAACUAGUCAAAAAUCUUUAAAAGACGACUAGCCCCUGGUGAUUAUUCUGUUGCUGCUGGUUACAAAAUAGCGUUGUAGUGUGUAAUUUUGCUAAGCAAAUAAGGAGAGAGAAUCUUAUCAACUGCCAUGAAUAUAGAUUUUGGGUUUAUAUUAUAAUAGCUGUAGUUAUUUUCCUGUUUUCAUUUAUGCGUCUAUUAUGGAUGGCAACCGAACUAAAGUUGUGUUGUCAGUAUCCUAAAUGGUAUUACAAGGUGGUAAUUGGCAACCAGCAAUUUGUGGUUGCCCUCUGGCAAUGCAACUGAAGUUCGGUUGCCAUCCAUAAUCUACCGAUUAUUUUUUGCUGCAGCAAUAUCGCACUAUAGUAAUAAUUGGAGGAUUCAAACGGCCUACUAUUAAGUCAUAUUGUCAUAAUGUCCUAAUAUAUUAUAAUAGUUUAAACAAAUUGUUGGGCUUUAAACACAAAAGUGUUAUUUAAUGACAAAACAAUAAACAUAGUUCAAAAAGUAUUACCCCCAUUUUCUCAAUCUCUGGUUAUUUUUUAUCGUGACGAUAAACUGACAGUUCUCAUACAAAAAAAAAUGUUAAUUGGAGGUUUAUCGUUACGAAAAACUAUAACCAGAUAUAGAGAAAAUGGGGGUUAUUAGUUUAGAACUUUGAAGCACAACAAUAAUUUGUUUAAAUUAUCAUAAUAUAUUAGGACAUUAUGACAAUAUGACUUAAUAGUAGACCGUUUGAAUCCCCCAAAUGUAUAUAGAUAACAUUUUUUUGGUAGCUUUAAGUAUGUAUCCAUGGACUAUCCAUAUUUAGCUUAAGUCUUAGUAUUUACAAUCCUAAACUAUACUAAAAUGUAUAAAAAAAGACAGACAGACAGAGAGACCAACAGACGUAAACAUUUCUUAUUUUGUAUAAAAAGAAAAUGAAUAAAAAAAAAUUUAACAAAAUUCCAAA